ACGGCGACGCGUUAGUGGAGAAACCUUAUUAGGAGCAGCCAGAGAGAGGAGAGAUCAGAGCUGGACGCACACUGACGCACGACUGGCUUCAGUUUAAUACAUAUUUAUAUAGAGAGAAAAAAAAAACGAAGUUGGCACUAAACCGUGGCUGUUUCUCUGUUUUUGAAGCAUGAAGGCGUCCUGAGGAUGGGCUGCUUGGAAUAAAACUCCGCAUCACCGCGCACCAAAAAGGAGGAUUUUAUUUGUUCUCACCAGCAGCUGGAGUAGUGAGAACAGAUCGGAGGACAGCAGAUCGGAAGGCAUGUCGUCUGAAAAACACGGACUCGACGACUCCGGCCGUCAGACCAUGCAGCCUCCUCCCUACCUGCCGGGCCCCCAGGACCCCAACAUGCCCCCGGCGCCAGGCACCCAGCCCAACUACCCUCCGCCGCCCCCUCCCCCGGGCUCAGAGGGGUACCUCCAAGAGACUCAGUUCCAGUGCGGGCCCAUGGGGCCUCCGGGGGCCCCGCAGGGCUACACCGUCCAGACCCAGGGCCCCGGAGGCACCAUGGCGCACCCCCCCGUGGGGUACCUGCACCCCGGAUACCCGCUCCAGCUGCAGCCCUGCACGGCCUACGUCCCCGUCUACCCCAUGGCGUCGGGUCAGCCCUACAUGCCGGCGGGGGGAGCCCACCCAGGGAUCCCACCGGGUCAGAUCCACCCCAUGCAGAUGCCGCCCAGCAUCACCCUGAUGGACCGCCGGCCGCCUCACGACUACCUGCCCAUCGCCGUCCUCACCACCGUCUGCUGCUUCUGGCCCACCGGCAUCAUCGCUAUCAUCAAAGCGGUGCAGGUUCGUACGGCGAUCGCCCGAGGAGACAUGGUGACGGCAGAAAUAGCUUCCCGCGAGGCACGCAACUUCUCCUUCAUCAGCCUGGCGGUAGGCAUCGCCUCCAUCGUGCUGUGCACCAUCCUCACCGUGGUGGUCAUCAUCGCCUCGCAGCACCACGACGAUGACUGGGAGCCAUAACUCCACGCCGAUCUCCUGACGGGGGCACACAUUUAGCUAGCUGACUACUCUUGAUCGUUUGGAGGAAAUAGGAAAAUGCACUCAAACUGUUUGUCCGCUCGCUGGCUCCCACCCAACCUGCUGCCAUCAAACGCUCACCAACGACCAAAAACCGACCAAUCACAGCCGAUGUUUCGAUGCCAAAUGUCAGAAAAGGCCCGAUAUUUCUGUUAGCACAGCGGCCGCUUUAAUAUUUACACUCAGAUAUGAGCUGCGGGACGGAAACAAAGCUCCUCGCAUUAACAAUUCAUACCACACUGAUAAAUUCAUGCUCCCCUUUGCUGAUGCAGUUAGACGAGAGGAUAGUAUUUACGGACCUUCACGGUGAGAUGCCAUGUUCAAAAAGCUUUAUUUAGAUCAGUGGUGUCAAACUCAUCUUAGUUCAGGUCCCACAUUCACUCCAAUUUGAUCUGAAGUGGGACGGACCAGUAAAAUCACAGCAUAAUAACCUAUAAAUAACCACAACUCCAAAUAUUUCCUUUGUUUUAGUGCAAAAAAGUACAUUAUGAAAAUGUUCACACUUAAGGAAUUGCUUUUUUUUGACAAAAUAUUAUGACCAACCUGAAAUUUCUGAAGAAAAAUAAGUUAAAUUUCAACAAUAUUAUGUCUCAGUUUAUCAUUAACACAUUACAAUUUCCAGAUCACAGAGUUUCUAUAAAGGAACACAACAUUUAGUCAUCUGGAACUGAACAAUGUAGGAUUUAACUUUAUGAUCAAAACGACAGAAGUGAGACAAAGAACAACAAAAACAAGACAAAAUAUUACAAAAACGAGACACAAAAAGACAAAAAAUUAGACAAACGGCAUGAAGCAAAAGAGAAAAAAUUAGACAAAAAAGUACACAAAUGACAUGAACGAGACGGAAAAUGACAAAAGCAAGAAACAAAAUGACAAAAAAGUAGACGAAUAACACAAGCGAGACAAAAAACACACAAAACAAUACACAAAACAACGAAUAAAGCAAAAUAUAAAAUGACAAUAAAGAGACAAAAAACACAAGCGAGACAAAAAGGGAAACACAAAUGACAAAAACAUGAGACAAACAACAAAAGUCAGACAAAAAAACAACAAAAACAAGACAAAAUAGUACAAAAAUGAGACACAAAAUGACAAAAACAAGACACAACACUACAAAAAAUGUGACUGAUCAGUAUUCCAGAGACUUAACCGUUGCACCACCACUGCCCCACGAGAAGAGACUGGUCUUGAACCAGUAACCUGCAGCUCCAUAGGUAAACCCUUCACUCACUGAGCUACAGAUCAGAUGACAAAAGUAUUUCACUUUAUGAUCAAAACAACUUGUCAUGGGCCAGAAAUUAUUUUAAAUUUACAGUUUUACUAAUUUACAAUCUGCAGUUAAUGUCUUCGCUGUAAUUUAUACACUUUGAGGGCUGGAUUGGACCCUCUGGAGGACCGCUUUUGGCCCGCGGGCCUCAUGUUUGACACCCUUGAUUUAGCUUAAAUAAGACACAUAUUUUAGUCACAAAAAUAUGUGUGUUUUCUGAAACAGUGUUUAUUUCCAGAGUAGUGUUAGAGGGCGAUGGAUGAAACGUACCAAACAGAGGCUGGACUCUCAACCAAACAGAGUAUUUAUUUCAGAUUGUUUGUGUGGAUGAGAUGUAACUUAUGGAUUACAUGUUUGUUAAUUUAUUUGAAAUCCGUUAUUUAUUAAGUUAUCCGAUAUCUACCCACGCAUCCAUAGUUUACAGUAUAUCACUAGUUUAUUGCCGCUGUCUGACAUUUUGAAUCCAAUCUGAUAUCUUUAGACAGACGAUAUUGCAGCUGCUUCCACUCAUAGUCCUUCUAGUGCAUGAUGAGUAUAAAUUUAAGCUAAUGGGCUUUUAGUGCAAAACUAGUUUGUCUCCCAGCUGUUGGUGGGAACAUUUCCUGAGAUUAGCGUGUGCUGCAGUAUUUUUCAAAAAAUGUCAAAACAAGACAAGGAGACGACUUAAGUAUUUGAGCAUUAGGUUUGCAAAUAUUGUUUAUUUCGCGAGUACUUUAGAAGUGUAGUUUUUGUUUUGCACAUCUCUCGCUAUUUACUCUUUCGGACACUGUUUAUGAGACUUUAGUGCAAUGUUAGACGUACGAGGCAACAUAACCCUGCAUGUCAUCCUCAGUUUGUUUCCAUUCGUCUCAAAUAUUAAGGCUCUUACAGUGUUUGGUUUCCAUAACGUAGUUCUGAACGGCAGGCUGCGGCGUUACAGUACGAACUAUGACUUUUCAGGAGUUACGAAAUGAAUGUUCCCAAUAGGAGAGAGAGAAAUUAUUAUUGCCUAUACUGUAUUGUAGCACUUUCCGCUCUUUAUACCCCAGUUUACCCCCUAAACUCUCUCAUUUUGUCCUUCUCCUGACCACAUGAGUUAAUGGACCUAUUAACAUAUCUCUUGUGCGACCCCCAAACCUCUCCCUUCCUGUUCCCUUUCCUCCAUUGGUUCCUAUGAUGAUGAUAUUUUUAAAAGGUUAUAUAGAGAUAUUAAAAUCUAUGAAAAAUAUGUUUGUUGAUGAUGAACACAAAUAGAAACAAUGUAAGCUCAGUUUAUACUGUACUUUAUUAUUGGACUAUUAAUAUUAUUUCAUACGUAUAUUAUUGGGUUGAAACACAUCUAGGCCCAUAUUUAUCACAAAGAGACACAUAUUUAACCUACAACUAAGGGUUUCUUCCUCCUCAUUUGCAUUUUAUUUUUUGUUUAUGUGAAAUAUUUUGCAAAAUGCUAAUAAUAUUCGGAAAUUGGAACAAAAAGAAAACCAAAAUGGAGCCACCAAAUGUUGGUAGUUGGCAAUAAUAAGCUAAAAUUUAUGUAUUUUGGAUUAUAUUGCUUUAGCUAGUAACAUUCAUUGUUAUAAAUUAAAAGAGCCUCCAAAACAGGUCUCAGAAGUUGUUUUCUUUUGUGGAUUACAGGCAUUGAAAAGCUACUAAACGUCCUAAAAGGCUAAUAUUUGGGUUAAGUUAUAUUUCAAUAUGUGAGAAAACUAGCAAUUAGCAUUACAAAGUUUAAAUAAAUAAACAAAUUAAGAUUCUACAGUGUUAUCUAAAAUACAAAUUUACCUUAAUAAAUUAAAUAUUAAGCUUAAAACAUUGCAAUAUAAUGGAACAUAACACCAUGUUCAUGUCUAGUCUUAGUUUCCUGUAGGCGUUAGCUUCACUUAGCUUAGCACAAAAACUAGAAGCAGGGAGAAGCUACUAGCUUGACUUUGUAGCAAAAUCUGCCCUCCAGUGCUUCUAAAUUGCCGUUUUUACACUUUUUGUUUUUACAUUUUGACGAGUAAAAGGUGUAAUGUGGUAAUUAGUGCGCUUUAGAGGUGGAUUUUACGACAUUUUGACAGAGCUAGGCUAGCUGUUCCUCGCUGUUGCUACGCUAAGCUAACUUUAUCGCACAGGUAUGAGAGCGGUAUCGUUGUUUUCAUCUAACUCUGAGCAAAACAAGUAAUAAAUAAAUGUCCCAAACUCAGGAGGAGUAAAAUGUCAGCUAAAGCUACUGAGCAGGACUAGCAGGCUAACUCUAUCCCCUUCUCUCUGUGUGAUAAAUAGAGGCCCUGUGGUUUUAUUGACAUGGUGAUAUUCAGUGUUAAAUGAGGCACAGUGCAGUUUAGUAUUGUAUUUAUUGUACAGAAGGCUCUGUCUGCUGAACAGAGUCUCUCCUGGCAUAUCUGGUGUAUCUGGUGCUUUUUGGUAGGACCGACUGCAGCCGGGAGAUGUAUUCCUCUUUUUUUUUCUUUGUUUUCUAAGCUAGUAAAUGGUUGCUUGUUCAAAGAGCCAAAAAAACAAACAAAAAAACAAUGACCUGUGUAAAUGUGUUUCUCUUGGGGUUGAUUCUGAUUCUGUUCAUGGCCGUGUUGCACAUGCAUUGGUUGUUUCUGACUUCAGUUGUUGAAUAAAAGAAUCAUUUUGGGUUGGC